UUCAACAAAUCGGUUGGCACGGGUAUUUUAAAAACAAAACGAUCGAUCGUAUUUGCAUCAUAUUGUUAGCACGCAAAGCUUUAAUAUUUUUUUUUUUGGUUGUUUGUUUGAAGCAAAAAGUUGGCGUGUUGAAAAAGGAUCAAAUAAAAUGUUGAAUAUAAUAAAAUUAGCAAUUUUAAUACAAAUUUUUCAAAUCUCAACUGUGAUCACAACGGAAAAAUUUCUGCGACGAUUUCCAAAAGACUUUAUAUGGGGCGUGGGUUCGUCAUCGUAUCAAAUUGAAGGUGGCUGGAAUGCCGAUGAUAAAGGUGAAUCUAUUUGGGAUUUUAUGACACACAAUCAACCCGCAAAGAUAGCCGAUCAAUCAAAUGGCGAUAUAACAUCUGAUAGCUAUCAUCAUUGGCGCAGGGAUGUGCAAAUGUUGCGCGAAUUACAUGUUAAAGUUUAUCGUUUCUCGAUAUCAUGGCCCCGCAUACUGCCGACCGGUCACAUGAAUCACGUUAGCACGGCUGGCAUUAAGUACUACAGCAAUCUUAUAGAUGAACUGUUGCACUACAACAUUACGCCCAUGGUGACAAUGUAUCAUUGGGAGCUACCGCAGCGUUUGCAAGAAUUGGGCGGUUGGACUAAUGCUGAAAUUAUACCACUUUUUAAGGACUAUGCUCGCUUGUUGCUGGAAAUGUUUGGGGAUCGUGUGAAAAUUUGGACCACCAUUAAUGAGCCUUGGCAUGUGUGUGAGCAUGGCUAUGGCGUAGAUUAUAUGGCACCAGCCUAUAAUUAUCCGGGUAUACCGGCUUAUUUAUGUGGCCAUAAUAUACUCAAGGCCCAUGCCGAAGUUGUGCACAUGUAUCGUGAUGAGUACAAGAAAUCUCAAAAGGGUCGUAUAGGCAUAACUGUGGAUGUUUCGUGGCCCGAACCCAAAACAGAUUCCAGCGAAGACCGUGAAGCUUCUGAAAGAGCCAUGCAAUUUUAUGUGGGUUGGUUUGCUCAUCCUAUAUUUUCUCACCAUGGCAACUAUCCGGCUAUUAUGAUCGAUCGCAUACACAAUCUCAGCAAGGAACAGGGCUUUACACAAUCUCGUUUGCCCGAAUUUACCAAAGAAGAAAUUCAACGUAUUAGAGGCACUUCCGAUUUCUUUGGCAUCAACAGCUACACCACGAAUUUGGUGACCAAAAACGAUCACAACAAUUCAGCAGAAUUUCCGGUGCCUUCGUUCAAUCAUGAUAUGGGUGUGGUGGAAACUCAAGACCCCAAAUGGACUGGCUCAGGAUCUGUAUGGCUGAAGGUUGUGCCCAAGGGAAUGUACAAUUUAUUGAUGUGGAUUAAACGAGAAUACAACAACCCCAAUGUAAUUGUUACUGAAAAUGGUGUUAGCGACCGGGGAGGCUUGGAGGACUAUGCUCGCGUUGAUUACUACAACAUGUAUUUGAGUGCUGUCUUAGAUGCCAUGGAAGAUGGUGCCAAUAUCGAGGGUUACAUAGCCUGGAGUCUGAUGGACAGUUAUGAGUGGAAAGCUGGCUUUACAGAAAAAUUCGGCAUGUAUCAUGUGGACUUUAGUGAUCCUCAACGCAAACGUACCCCCAAAAUAUCAGCACGAGUAUAUGGCCACAUCUGCAAAACCCAUACCAUUGACUGGAACUAUCGUCCUUCAUUGGACAGUGAACAGAUCCAUGCAAUGUCCCGCUUAUCAGACUUGGAACAUAACUCAGGAAUCUAUAGUUAUGCAACUAAUCAACUCUUAGCCUGUACUUCUUUGUUAAUCUCUAUAAUUUUAGCUAAAUUUAUUAUUAUUUAAUUAUAAGUUUGUAUUACCCAACUUGCCUAACAACUAUCAGCUGAAAUCUUUUUUUGGUUGAGAAUACAAUGAGGCAAUCACAUUAUCUCACCGCCUGCCUCAUUGUCUUAUUGUGUUGUCUUGUCUUGUCUACUCUAGUAUAAGUCCAAUAAUGUUAAAAGUCUUAGUUUUUUAUCUUGUUUUGUGUUAUUAUUUUAAUAUUAUUUGUCUGUAUUAUAUAAAUAAUAAAAAAUACAUAAAAUGUUAAUAUACUAAAAUUAACAAUAAUAAUAAUAAUGAUAAAUAAAUAAAUUAUUUGUUAUAAAAAAAUAAA